AUGAAUAUAACAGAGUCCAAUAAGAAGCUACUAAAUGAAUCAAAUAUAUAUGAGGCGUCUAAUGGCGACUACCAUGAGCUGCGACUAGUCAACAGAAGGUACAUUGUUCAAAAUGACACACCACACAAACUCAUUCCCAAACGAAAAGGACUCAAGUUAGUUAUAGACAAAGAUGCAAAUGAUCUAGACAAGGUGUUCAGGGCCAAAGGAAGAACCAUUACACCGGAUGAGAUUUUGAAUAUGAUGAAACCAGGAAAAUUGAAGAUACCAUUUGCUGAUCCUAGAGAUUCUAGAGGGGAGAAAUUACUACCGUCUUCGGACUUGUUGAAAUCUAUUCACUAUUUUGUAGCGAAGAAAUACACCAAAGAUAUGACAAGAAAGUCGGGCAUACAUAAGUACUUGGAGUGUAUGGAUGAGACAGCGCUAUUAGGCAUGGGAAUGAUGCUUGACAGUUGGGUGGACGAAUUAAUCACCGAAGACACCUGCAGAAUGUUUCUACAAGAAGAUGGUGGUUCAGACGAGGGCGGGAGAACUAGAAAUGAAAAUGAAAAUGAAAAAGACGAGGUCGGCACAGCUGAAUCUUCUAGUGAGUCAGACUCUGAAGGAAAAAGUGAUAUAGAGAAAUCCUCGUGA